GCCUCUACUCGCCCGGGCGUGCAUGCUCCACCGCCUCGGCACCCGCCCGGUGACACGCCUCCUGCUCCUCAGCAGCCUUCGCGGGAGCAGCGUACGCGGAAGCCUGCGCACCGCCAUGGCGAUGCCUUCACCGCCAGUACUCCGCGUCACGACAACCGAGGAAAGCAGCUCGGCCGCCGAGAGGCUGUGCGAGGCGCUCGGUUUCGCUACGCAGGUCACGCGCGAGGAGAUCCACUCCUUUUACUGGUGGGAGGGCGCCGUGCAGAGCGAGCCCGAGGUGCGAGUCUCGUUUGAGACCUCGGAGCCGUUCGAGUCGGUCCUGCGGGCGGUGGAGGCAGCACACUCGUACGACGUGCCAAUGAUCCUCGCCGACACGUCGGACAAGGGCGCCGCGCACUGGAAAGGCGUCAUUCGGCCGCUGGACGGAGGCGCGAAGGCGGGCGCGGCCCUAGCCGAGCGCCUCGCCGCCUCGCGCCUCGUCGCGUGUGCUCAGGUGGCUCCGGACGGCUCAAUCGCCGUCAAGACGGUCGCCUCCGCCAGGCUGGCCGUCGCGAGGGCUGCGGAGGAGGAGGGAGGAGGCGCGGUGGCGUGGUCUCCCGUCACGGGCAACGCGGCCUACCUCCGCUGGCUGGAGGAGGAGUGCGUCGCCGCGCCGCGCUUCGUCGUCGCUGCGGACGGGCACGCGGCGCCGUCCGCGCAGACCGCAAAGGACUUUCUCCUCUCGAGGCCAGGAGGCGCGUACACGACGGCGCGGACGAGCGGCGGCGGGAGGAGCGUUUUCGAGUGGGAGACACACGUGGAGCGCACCGCGGCGUCGGUGGGCUCGAUGCUCGCUGCAGGCGGCGGCGGCGCGGCUGAGCUGCAGGCGGCGCUUGGCACGGCUGCAGGCUUGCGGCCGCGUCUCGACGCGGCGGUGGCGGCCGCGGUGCGAGAGUACAUGCGAGAGUUCGGGCGGCGAGUGGGCGGUGCUGGCGAGCUCAAGCUGACUCUGGUGGUGAAUUGGGGCGAGGCUGCAGAGGCGGCCAAGGAGGGUGCGGGUUGCGCGGAGGCGGCGCCGGACGGCUCGUUGCUCGGCUCGGUCGGCUGCCACGUCGCCCCGCUGCCGCCCCUGCCCGACCCGCCGAUCCGGGCAGAGGAUUCGAGCUGGGUGGCGGACCGCGCUCCGCUCGAGGCGCUGAUGCGGUCGGCGGAGACCAACUUUUACGCGAUCGUCGACGGCGCGGUGCACACGGCGGGGGAGGGCAUCCUCGAGGGCACGGUGCGGCGGCUGCUGCUCGAGGUGUGCGGGCGGGAGGGGACGCCCGUGGUGCUCUCUCCGCCUCGGCUCGCCGACGCAGGCCGGUGGGAGGGCGCCCUGAUCUCGUCCACCUCGCGGCUGCUGCUGCCGGUCGACGAGUUGUACGUGCCGCCCGACGGCGAGCCGAGCGGCGAGGCCGACCGCGUCGCCGUGUUUGCAAACGGGCCCGGUUCGCUCGCCGCGCGGCUGCAGGCGCUCGUCGCCGCCGAGGUGGAGGCGCACAGCACCGAGAUCGGGCUGCCGGCCGCGUUGGCGACGUGAGUCUGCAGUCUCGUGAGAGUGUGUUUUCGCUCUCCACACGACACCGCGCCACGACAACACGAGCAUCAGCAAGUAGUUUCGCCCCCUGCCUGCGGUGCGCGCACGCGUAUUCAUGAGAGGGGAAGCGGCGUGCCGGUGGAGGCACGUCCGGGUUUUGGAAGUAAAUAUAUUUUACUUU